ACGUAUCAUUACCAUAUGAUCUAAUGUGGGUGUCAGCUGGAUGUGCUCACUCAGUGAAACCUUAGUGUUUAACUGUGCUAUGGAGUAGAAGCAGGAGGUUUUCAACCUAGUGACAGUCACAGAGCAGCACCACCCCCUCCUCCUUUCCACACCUGCAAACUCUCUUGCUUGGGCUGCAUUACUUAGUGUUAAUUACAUCGCAGCUUUGAGGGCUCCGGUGGCAAAUACCCGGAUUAAAAGGUGGUGAAAACGCAUGAGACAAUCAUGAAGGUAACUCUCGUCUUAUUCCUUCUGGCGCAAGUCUCUUGGGCUGGACCAUUUGAGCAGAGAGGAUUAUUUGACUUCAUGCUAGAAGAUGAGGCCUCUGGCAUAAUCCCUUACGACCCUGACAAUCCCCUGAUAUCCAUGUGCCCCUACCGAUGCCAAUGCCAUCUCCGAGUGGUGCAGUGUUCUGAUCUGGGUCUGGACAAAGUACCCUGGGAAUUUCCACCUGACACAACAUUGCUAGACCUGCAAAACAACAAAAUAACAGAGAUCAAAGAGGGGGCCUUUAAGAACCUGAAGGACUUGCAUACCUUGAUCCUUGUCAACAACAAGAUCAGCAAGAUCAGCCCAGAGGCAUUUAAACCUCUAGUGAAGUUGGAAAGGCUUUAUCUGUCUAAGAACCACCUAAAGGAGCUGCCCGAAAAAUUGCCCAAAACACUCCAGGAGCUUCGACUCCACGACAAUGAGAUCACCAAACUGAAGAAAUCUGUGUUCAAUGGACUGAACCGCAUGAUUGUCAUAGAACUGGGCGGCAACCCACUGAAAAACUCUGGGAUUGAAAAUGGAGCCUUGCAGGGAAUGAAGGGUCUCGGAUACCUCCGAAUCUCAGACACCAACAUAACUGCUAUUCCUCAAGGUCUGCCCACUUCUAUCAGUGAACUGCAUCUGGACGGCAACAAGAUCGCCAAGGUGGAUGCGGCCAGCCUGAAAGGAAUGUCUAAUCUGUCUAAGCUGGGUUUGAGCUUCAAUAGCAUCACCGUUGUGGAAAAUGGCAGUCUGGCUAAUGUUCCUCAUCUGAGGGAGCUCCACUUGGACAACAACAAACUCCUCAGAGUGCCUGCUGGGCUGGCACAGCAUAAAUAUGUCCAGGUCGUCUACCUUCAUAACAACAACAUCUCCGAAGUUGGGCAGCAUGACUUCUGCCUCCCUUCAUACCAGACGAGGAAGACUUCCUACACUGCCGUGAGUCUUUACAGCAACCCUGUCCGGUAUUGGCAAAUCCACCCACACACCUUCAGAUGUGUCUUCGGGCGCUCUACCAUUCAACUUGGGAACUACAAGUAACUCCCAAACAGCCUCAUUUUUAUAAUCGGGAACAAAAAACCAAUCUGUCAAUAUUAUUGCUAAAAAGAAAAAAAAUAUUUUGAAAAAGAAAGAAUGCUAGAUUCUGGAAAUUCAAGUAUAGUGCGGAUGCCUUUCCCAUAUGACUUAUCAAAUAUGCAGAUUGAAUAAUUACCUACAAUAAAAAUAUUUUAUCUGUAGUAUUCAGAAUCACUUUUAAAGUUUUCUGUAGAUGUGAACUGAGGUAUCGAAGCCUGAUGUAAUCAUAGAUGUCAACCAUUUAAUAAAGCUAAAAGGAACAGAAUACAAAGUCUUCUGUAAUUCAUAGAGCUAAAUUGACUCUUUUGACAUAAAGUCAAAUGCUGAACUCUAGCAAUGUAUUAAUCUCCUUUAUUAUUGGUAAAGUCUUAUUUGAAUAUCUAAGUUCAACAUGGGCUAUGUAAAAUUUUCACUGUCAUACUGAAAAACAAUAAAAUUUUAAAAAUGCAUUCAAAAUGGA